AUGGAAAAAUUUUUACUAACAGAAAAACCAGAUAAAAUAACAAUUAUCACAGCAAUGUACGCAAGAAUAAAGACUAAAGAAUGGACUGGUAACGAAGACGAGGAGGUUAAAGUAUUUGUCGAAACAAAAGAAAAGAUACUUAAAAACUUGUCUCUAAAAAAUGAAAAAAUACGUAUUGAAAAAUUAAAGACUCUUGAAGAUACCAAACCAGUAGAAAUCGCCGAAUGGAAAAAAUAUGCUAAUGAAAACAUUAGUAAGCUGAAAACUGUCUUGAAUCAAUAUAUAGAAUCAAAAGAUGUAUUUAAGCGAAGUGCUCACUCACGUCUCCGUUCCCAACUACUCAAAGAACUAAGUAAUAUGAGUGCUGAUAAUUUGACAUAUGAUAAUCCAUUAGCAAGUGGAAUUAUUUGUGAUGAAUCCGAAUUAGUCAAAAAGCUGCCACAAGAUUGUCAAGAAGAAUUUCGGACGGGCAUCUUGGAAAUGAAGCUUGAUAGCAAUUCUGAUUUAAGACAAGCUUCUGAAAGUUUGGUAAAGAGCCAUCAAUUAUGGAAAAAGCAAAAGAAAAAACGGUUUGAAAAUAAAGUGGAAUAUGGAAGCUUGUUCGACGAGAGAAAAGAUAUAAUAAAAUUCUCAACAAGAAUAUCAAAUGCUUUAGAGAAUGUAUGGAGAACACAGCAUUAUGCUAUGAUGGCAAGUGCACUAGACCAAGUUAAUGAAGGCACGUACGUUGCAGAGGUAUUAGCGCCUUUGUUAACUGCUACCUUUGCAGAAUUACCAGUUCCCAAGUUGAGAGCCCUUCUACUUGAAUUAGUUAAUAUGGAAACAGGACGACCAGAGUCAGAUUGGAAGAAACAAUUGUCUGACCAUAAUAAAUUGGCGCGUAGCACUAAAGAUGCUUUUGAGGACUUUUCUAUCAAUGGAAGUGUAAAAAAAUAUGGAUAUGAUGAAUUGACAAAGAUCUUUUGUCUUAACCUUAAAGGCGAGUGA